AUGGCCUCGUUCUGGGAAGUGGUUGGUGGAGCCGACAAAGGCGGUAUACUGGUGAGAGAAGGGCAAAGCUUGAAGUCCAGCGAACUUCCAGGGAGGUUGUCGACUGGAGCUGUCUUGGGAGAGCUCGAGCGCGCAGGAGAACGUCUCAGAUAUUGCCUUCUCAAAGGCACAGGCCCAGCUGAAGGCUGGAUCAGCCUUAAGGUUGCUGGAAAGGACCUAGUGCGGCACCUUGUGCCUCCGAGCAAAGCGUUUCCCGCACCAACGAGUCGAUGUUUCGGAAAAGACGGGAAGAUGAAGAUGUUAUACUUGCAUGGAGGAGGUGUCAGCAAGACGGCCACUCGGUGCACGACGGCAUCUUUGUUCCGUGCGUAA